AUGGUCGAUGAGGAGACGGUCUUGGAGACUCCCCCGCCACGUGAGAGCAAGCGCGCCAAAGAUCCCCAGAGCGCUGCGCCCGAGCAACGUGCGCCCAAGCGUGGUCGAAAGAGCAGAGAUGCAGAAGAGCUCGCUUCAAAUGCUACCAAGCUGGAAUCCGAAGCGGAAGGAAUGUCUCAAGAGGCGAUUGCAGCGGAGAAAGCAGCAGUUGAGGCCAUGGAACGAGCUCAGUCCCUUCAUGCCAAAGCUGUUGCCGUGGCCAAGCAAGCUGAAAUAGCCAAAGUUGCAGCGCAGGAAGCACGGCAGAAGGCAGAACGCGCGGAGUUGUCAACGACCAAAGAGGGCCGAGAUGCAUUGAAGGCCCAAGACAAGGCUGACAAACAAGCAGCCAAAGAGGCCGAGAAAGCUCGAAAGCAAGCGGACAAGGAAGAGGCAGCGGAAGCACGCAGCGUCAUCAAGAAGAUCGGGGAUGACAUCAAGGCUUCUAUGGUGAUUUGCAAAAGAGCUGGCAUGUGGGAAGUUCCUCCAGGCUCCGUCUCCUUUAAGAAUGUGAAGUUUGCCAUCUUCAAGGAGCUCUUUUCACGUGGCCGUUGCAAUUUUUCGCCGUCAAACUUCUGCAAGUCUGAUGCGAGUAUCGUGGUGAUGUUCAAAGAUGCUGCCAGCAUCUUUGGAGCCACCAAGGUACGUGGCGGCUCGAUGUAUGCCACCUUUGUCAUUAGCAGCCUCCGUGCGAACUACAUCCCUGCCACGGGCCAGCUGAACAUCUCCUACAGCACUGACAUGGGCGUCGCAACGCACCGCUGGGGCUACGCCUGCUGUCUGCUUUGCGAGAAGGACUCAGACUGUGGUAAGGUCGCUGCCCUGGAGUCAGGGGCUGGUGAGGGUGCAGCUCCGUCGGCUUCCGGUGAGCCAGCAGCUGUGGCAGAGGUGCAGGAGGAUCCUGGGGAAGCGGCGCCUUUCCGGGGCUCCGCGGAAGUGGAGCGGAUCUUGGGCACGGAGGUGUCGAGGCCCUUCCAGGUGCUGGGGCUUCCUACGCUCGGUGCCACUAGCUAUGCGGUGAGGACCGCGUUCCGGCGCUUGGCACUGCUGGUGCACCCAGACAAGAACCCAGGGGACGAGGAGACGCUGUAA